AUGGGGAAGAAGAAGAAGGGAGGCAACAAAUUGGCGCGAAUGUCGGAGGAGGAGCGCGCUCGCUACCUCCAGCACAGGGCGGACAUGGAGGAGGAGGCUAGGCGACGCAAGGAGACCCUCAUAGCGCUGUACAUGAAGAAUAAGCUAAAGCGCGAGGACGCCUUCACGAGGCUGAAUAUGGCGAAGAUCAACCAGGAGUGGCGCAGCAUCCUGCGUCAGCUCAAGUGCGAGGAGCUGAAGGAGGAGAUAAAGUGUGUAGAGGUCUUCUGUGGGGAUUCAAUUGAGCACAAGAAUCAAGUCAUUAGACGCCUCUUGUGCGAUUUGGACGAGUCUGAGGAGCUGUACGCGACCAUGUUGCAUGCUCACGUGGAGAACAUCGAGAGGAUAAUCACGCUGCACUCGGAGCGUCUCAAGUUCUGGCACGAGUGGUACGUGACGGAGAAGCAAUCGAUGCUAGGCCGCUUCCAUGGGCAAAUGACACGCUACCGCGUGCGCAAGGAUGCUGCCCAGGAGGACCUCGAGUGCAUCUGCUUCGCCCUCGAGACAGAGAUUGGCGCGGACGAGCAGAGCGCCGCAGAGGAGCACACAAAGCGCACCGACGAUCUCAGGAACACCAUGACAAUCCGCCUCGAGGAGGUGACAAAGGACUGCGAGCAGGCAAUGGAGACACUCUGGUCAGACUUCCAGCAAGUGCUCAACAAUUAUCUCUCCUACACUCAAGACUUCCACGAUGAGUAUCUCGACCUGAAGCGGCGCGACGAGGAGGACACAAAGCUCAUCCAGGCGCACUACUUUGAGGUGGCGAGGAACACCGAGAUCAUCGCUGAGCUGCGCUUCCAGCUCGCGGCCGCUCGCGAGGAGAGGGACUUCACGGUGUCGCAGCUGGAGAGGUUCAGAGGCAAGUUGCAGCAGCGCUAUGAGAACUCCAAGGGAGCUCUCGUGAUGGGCGCCAAGGAGGACAAGGAGAGAAUCCGCCGGCUCGUGGUCAGCAGCUCAAGUGCCAUCAGGAAGCUGGAGGGCAGCGUGAAGAAGGGCAAUGUCCUGCUUCAGCUUGUGGGGAUUUGCAGCAAAUUGGAAACGGAAAGGGAAAAAGUAGUUCCGUUCAACAAUGAACCGGUGAAGAAGUGGCCAGAAAGCAAGGAAGCUCCCGAGGACGAUUUUAAAAAUGCAACUUUCAAGCUGUUCUCGAGGAUGGAGAACUUCUGGAUCCGCUUCAAUCGCGCCCGCCUGGACUGUGCUUAUCUGCAGGAGGAGAGAGUCACGCUCCAGCAGAGCAAUCGCGCUCUGAGACACCAAUUGCGGGAAUACCUCGUGGCGGUGACGAUGAAGUCGACACGCUGCGGCGACGCCCACCUCCUGGAGCGACGGCCGCGGAGCAUGAAGGUGGAGAAGGUGGUGCACAUCGAGCUGCCCAGGCGGAAGGUGCAUCCCAAGCUGCGGCGCCCCGUGACGUGCAUCGAGGGCAACCUGAGCGUGGCCGUUCGUAGCCAGCAAUUGGCACAGAGCAAAUUUCGAGCAGCGCAGAUAUUUCCCAUGGUGAAUGGCUCAUGA